AUGAAAAUGCCCUUCCUAAUGCAGGUUGUUCUACUCGGGUUCAUCUCGACUACAUCCUGCGUUUUCCGGCUGCCCGUAAGUCCUCCCGGAUUACCUCCUGCUUACCUCACCAACAAGCCGCCACUUCUGUUCACCGACGAGAACGAUGAAUGUCAAACCGAACCGGAUCCGCCGCCUUCAGUCGCCGACCACUUCAUCGCCUGGCAACCUCGGACAUCUACUAGCGCCGCAUCCCUACAAAAGCCGCCUUCGCCCGGAGGCCAGUUGGGGCAUGCCACCGCAUCGAACGCGAUCAUGAAAAUGCCCUUCCUAAUGCAGGUUGUUCUACUCGGGUUCAUCUCGACUACAUCCUGCGUUUUCCGGCUGCCCGUAAGUCCUCCCGGAUUACCUCCUGCUUACCUCACCAACAAGCCGCCACUUCUGUUCACCGACGAGAACGAUGAAUGUCAAGCCGAGCCGGAUCCGCCACCUUCAGUCGCCGACCACUUCAUCGCCUGGCAACCUCGGACAUCUACUAGCGCCGCAUCCCUACAAAAGCCGCCUUCGCCCGGAGGCCAGUUGGGGUACGCGGCCAACAAAACCUGCAUGCGAGACGUGGCAAGCUGUUUCGACAUGUCAGAAAGCACCGUGUACACAGUUCUUCAGAGAGUAGUGCAGUUCCUGAUGACGCUCGGACCAUCGGUGAUCAAGUUUCCCGCAGACUUGGAGAACCUCACUAGCAGUUUUGAGAAGGUGUCUGGAAUGCCUGCUGUUAUUGGCUGUAUAGAUGGAUCGUAUGUCAAGAUACAGUGCCCAGCCAACAAGGUUGCCUCCACAUACUGCAACAGGCACCAUUACCUUUCACUAACGCUGGAAGCUGUCUGUGACCACAAGAGGCGCUUCCUCGAUGCGUUCACUGGAACCUCCAGGAAAAUGCACGAUUCUCAUGUGUUUAGCUUAUCGCCUCUUUCAAAGAACAUAGCUUCAGUAUGUCAGGGCCGUUAUCAUAUAUUAGGGGACGCAGCAUAUCCGCUGCGGGAGUACCUGUUGACACCAUACAGGGAUUACGGUGCAAUGAAUAAGCAACAAAAAGGCUUCAAUUUUAAGUUUUCAGGCACACGAGUGCUCAUUGAAAAUGCAUUCAGCACACUCAAGAAGCGCUUCAGGCAGCUCAUGUACCUGGAGUUGCACACUAUCCACUGGCUCAAUAAGUUUAUCAUAAGCUGCUGUAUCCUUCAUAACUUGUGCAUCGAUUACGGUGAUGAAGAGCCAGAUGAUGAUAAUGAUGAUGAUGGAGCACCCAAUGCUAUUCAGUGGGAGAACUGCACUGAUAACCACAGUGAUAAAACUGAUGAGGAGCGAGCUUUGCACAAGCUUGGCGAAAUUAAGCGUGCAAAGGUCUUGACUAAGCUCCUGCGAAGUGAUUGUGGGAAAUAACACCAUAAUUAUCUGUUUUGUCUGAACUAGCCCUUUAGUUCCCCACAGUAGUUGGGAGGCUGUGUGUGUGCACCA